AUGCAGGCGCCACAUAUCGACGUCGAGGGCCUCUUUUCGGUCAAGGGCCUCGUCGCCCUCGUGACCGGGGGAGGCACGGGAAUUGGGCUCAUGAUUGCCAAGGCACUAGCAGACGCGGGAGCGGCACGCGUGUACAUUGUCGGGCGGCGCGUCGACGUCCUUCAGGAGGCGGCGGCGUCGAUCGGGCGACCUACGGUAGUGAUGCCGCUGUACUGCGACGUGACGUCCAAGGUCAGCCUGCAGAGCAUCGUGUCAGUGGUGGAGACGGACAUGGGGUACCUCAACCUGGUGGUGUGCAACGCUGGCAUCAGUGGGCCGCAGGUCAAGGCGCCGGGCCCUGACACGACGCUCGACGAGUGGCGCGACGAGCAGCUCGGCUUCGACUUUGACGACUUCACCAACACCUUCAAGGUCAACGCCACCAGCGUCUGGUACACGGCCAUGGCGCUGCUCAAGCUGCUCGAUAGCGGCAACAAGCGAGGCAACGUCGUCCAGUCCAGCCAGGUCAUCAUCACGAGCAGCAUCGGCGCCUUCAACAAGAAGGCCCCCGGCGGCUACGCCUACGGCCCGAGCAAGGCCGCUGCCACGCACAUUGCGAAGCAGCUGAGCUGCGUCCUCCCGACAUGGAAUAUCCGUGCGAAUUGCCUCUGCCCAGGACUCUUCCCAAGCGAGAUGGCAGCCCCCAUCGUGCAAGCAGCAGGCGGGUCCAUGUCGAGCGGCGGCAACCAGGCCAUCCCGCUAGACAAGAGCAUGGUGCCGCUCGGACGCAUGGGCGACGAGGUCGACAUGGCCGGCCAGAUCCUCUACCUCGCGUCGCGCGCCGGCGCCUAUUGCAACGGCAACGUCAUUGUGGUUGACGGCGGUCGUCUUGGCACGUUUCCCAGCACCGGAUACUGA